UGUUCCCUCACUCCAUGCCAAUAGUUAUUUUGCACCCUCAACAGUUCUCGUGUAUUGUGGUAUUUGGCCCUCCGGCUGAAAUAUUCUAUGUCAUCAUGAGUGUCACUUGUCGCUUUCUUUCAGGUGGUCUCUUGCACAGAGCAACAUCAUGUGUUUCUAUGACUACAUCUCGUAAUGCCUGCUUUAGUAAUGCACGGAUGCACUGGAUUCGUCAAAUCGGAACUAAAGCGAACACUCCUGCUGUUUCUACAAGACCUGUGAAUUUGACCUAUGACGUGUUCGAUGGAAAAGGGGACAACACGCCGCUGGUUUUCCUCCACGGUCUUUUCGGCAGUAAAUCCAACUUCCACUCCAUAGCCAAGUCCUUAGUCCAGCGGACCGGCAGAAAGUCAGGUGCUGACAGUAGAUGCACGUAACCAUGGAAAAAGCACACACAGCCCCAUUAUCACCUAUGAGGCCAUGACCAAUGAUCUCACGCAACUGCUUGCUCAACUGCGAAUCGGGAAAUGCGUUCUGAUUGGCCACAGCAUGGGAGGCAAGGUGGCCAUGACAACAGCACUCAUGCAGCCGAGUCUAGUGGAGCGCCUGGUGGUGGUGGACAUAAGCCCCGCCCAAACCACACCGCUGACUAACUUCCCCGCCUACAUCCAGGCCAUGAAGGAGGUGAAGGUGCCGAAGGAUGUGCCCCGCUCCACUGCGCGCAGGUUGGCCGAGGACCAGCUACGUCAGCUCGUCAAAGAGCGCUCAGUACGGCAGUUCCUUCUGACAAACCUGACUGAGGAGGAAGGACAGUAUUCUUGGAGGGUCAACUUAGAUGCCAUCUCCAAUCAUCUGCAAGACAUCAUGAAUUUCCCAGCAUUCAACACCAGCUAUGAGGGCCCCACACUCUUCCUUGGUGGGACCAACUCCGCGUAUAUCAGCUCUGAGGACUACCCAGAGAUUCAGCGUCUCUUCCCGUGUGCUGACAUCCAGUACAUUCCAGACGCCAGCCACUGGAUCCACGCAGACAAGCCCCUGGACUUCAUCAGCUCCAUCAGCACCUUCCUCCAGUCCUAGCCCUGCAUUGCACUGGCCUGGCCACAGAGGGGCGACAAGGAGGAGUGCUUUUACAGCCACCAGGAGAAAUAUAUGAACAAGUGCUUUUUUGUAGUUUUUUGUAGUUUUUGUUGUUAAAUUUAGAUUCAUUUUUGUGUCUUUUUCAUCUCAUUUGUUUACAGGGCUGUAUCAUUAAGCACUAGCGAUGCAUAGACGUGUCUAUAGUUCUGCAGUAAACUGCAGAGUUUAAUACUACAGACAUAUAGCCAAUUAUUAACUUAUUCAAAGGACAUAUUAUGACCACAGUGCAAUUAACACUGUGAUUAAAAGCUGCAUAGUAAUAUAAGAGUAUAGUUUGGAGUGAAAAGAGAAGGUUGGAAUGGUCUA